UCACUCUAGAUAAUUGAGCAUCACGCUGAAAGUAUUGUAUGAGAAGAACCACAGUAAUGUAAACAUGACUUCAAGACUGUUUCAUAACCAUGGCAACCAGACUCACUAUGAAGAAGAGAAUGAUGCCCUUUCUCAGCAAAACAAGUGGCUUCUAUUGUGUGAGAGUAUCAGUCUUGGGGUCAUUAUCAUCACAUCUCUUGUUGCCAAUAUGGUUGCCAUAGGAACGAUUAUGCGCCUGCGCAGUCUUAGGAACGUCCCUCAUCAUCUUCUUGUCUUGAAUCUCAGUAUUGCCGAUUUAGGGAUCACACUUACCAGCAUGCCUUUCGCCCUUUAUUCUAUCUUCGAUGGUGGUGUUCUUUUGAGAAGCAACGCAAUACUUUGCAAGGUCAACGGUUUCUUUGCAACAAUGUUCACCCUUGCCAACUUUCCGACAGUGCUUGCCAUAGCCAUCGAUCGAUUCUUGAUAGUCGUCUAUUCCAGCCGUUUCCCACCAAACACCUUCCGGAUAUUCCUAAUGAUCACCAUUUCAUGGUGUUCAGCUUUUAUCAUGGCCUUCAUGCCCAGUGUUCAUGUCCUCUCCAAGUAUUCCUACUCACCAAACACAUGGCACUGCUCUCCUAGGUGGGGUCACAACAUCUUCCGUAUCGCUUGUGCCAUUUUAAUCUUUGGGCUGGCGAUUCCGAUGGUUGCCGUCUGCUACGCGGCGAUUGUGUACUUCAUCUGGAACAAGCAACAGCUUCUUAGGUCAUACAGCAAGAGGGAACAACAUGUUUUCAAGGAUCGCAGAAGGAAGUCACGAGAUCAAAAACCGUCCGUGCCAAGAUGCUACAAAUCGACAGUGACCUCGUUUCAGCCAUCUCCAUCACCUGCAUCCUGUGAUGAAGUUGGUGAGUUAUGCAGUUUAGAACAGCAAUCCGGAUGUCAACCAGAUGAUCUACAGGAUGCUCAGAUGAAAUACAAUCAAGAGAACAAGACCAUACCUUAUCUCACAAAACUGCAGAAUCCAACCUGUGAGGAGGAUUUUAAAGAAGAAGCUUUAAAUACCGAGGCUCCAUUAGAACCACGCAAUAUUGAUAAGUUGGAUAAGAGAUCUUUUCGCAGUGUUGCCGUAGUUGCAGAAUCAGCGAAGACAUCGGCUAUUGUGAACAAGUCCCUGACACAAUUUACCGCCUUGUCUGAACCAAGCGGGGAGGAAUCUGAUGUCGUUGGUCAAGAUCGUGAUCGAAAGAAGCAGCAUGAAGCCAGACAGAGACAAUUCUCUGCAGACAAGAGGGUUGCAGUAAUGGGUGCCCUCCUCGUCUUAACCACACUAAUCUGCUGGAUGCCCUAUCUCCUUGUCCAUUCAAACUACAUCCGGGUCAACGAAGGUCAUUGGUUUGGUGUCCUUACCAUGUUACUGGGAUUAUACAGUUUCAGUAUCUCAUCUUCAGUAGGAGAUUAUGCGACUUCAAAAUCAGUAUUUCCUUGA